AUGUAUGGCGUGGAAGAUGCAGACUUGCUUGGGCGUGCCGCUGAUCUCAACGAGAUUGUUCAAGAGAUAGUCACUCGGGCACCCAAAGUCGCUCCAAAAUCAAUGAAAGCUAUAAUGCAACCGCAGGUAUCAGCGCGCACUCAAAGCGGAGACAUCUUUGAAGAAAUGAAACAGAAAAAUGCCGAACGCGAGAAGAGAAUACAAGAGAACCAGAAAAUACUCCGCGGAAGUGACACGCAGCGGAAGGCCAAGUUGCUUCAAGAAACCUUUGAUUGUGACUUCGAGGAAGACACAGUUGACGACUUCAUAGAGGUGUUCAAGCGAUACAAGGAAGAGAUUGGUAUAGAACAGCCGGGAGACAGAUCUUCACGACAGAAGACAGCGAAGGAAGUUCUUGCCAAAACCUUUAUGGCAAGAAGGACAUCUGAUCAGCAUCAGCUGGAAUUCUCUUCUGAAGAAGACGGGUUUGGUGAUAUUGCACGUUUCAUUGAUGAAGAGGAACUUGACGAAAUGGAUGUGUUAAGACACACCAGCUCCCACGCGCAGAAUAGCGAUGAGGAACAGGGCGAAUAUGAUGGAAACGAAAGCGCGAGCAGCGAGGAGAAACAGGCAGACAUGCUCAAGAAUGCUGUCCAGGUCUUGUUAAGAGGGGUGAAGCAGACUGGACGAACAGGCCGGUUCAGGGCGGAUGACUUUUUAGCCAAGAGUACUGAAAAUGCCAUUGACGAUUCAGAUAUUCUUUCACAGUUCUCGCAGAUCACUGAGGCCCUUCAAGCUCUUGUGGUUGAGUCCAAAGACGCUGGGACUAAUGGGACCGGUCGCAAGUUCUUCUCGACGCAAGAGGUCGUUGAUAAGGUGAAGGUUAUGCGACAUGAAGCAGAUCCGUCAGCUUCACAGAAACCCCCACCACCUCCAGGCAUAGCAGCACUUAAAAAACCAUCGGGUGCUUUGGGCGCAGCGCCACCACCACCGCCGCCAGCCUCUGGUUUACCGGGACUAAAACCUGCAGGUGGACAAGGGUCUGUAGGACCUCCGCCUCCGCCGCCCCCGCCGCCGCCCCGCCCUCCUAGCGGUGCAGGAAGCACAGGUACUGGAAAAGGACCUCCUCCUCCUCCGCCUCCACCACCAAGUUUCGGCGGUGCAAAAUCGGCCUUACCUGUUGCACCACCUCCACCCCCGAGUAUGAAACCAGGUGGUGCACCGCCACCUCCGCCGCCUCCUAUGGGCGGCCUUAGAAAGCCUGCUCCUGCCCCACCACCGAUGGGCAAGUUACGGCCUCCAAGUAAAGCGCCAGGCCUACUACCUCCAAAAGGACCUUUGGGGCCACCGGGCGCUCCUGGGGCUCCUUCAACGGGUCCUCCAUCAGUCAUAACUCCGAAGAGAAAUGAUACUAAACGGCUAAACUGGAACACUAUUUCAAAUAUGAAGGUGAACAAGACACUUUAUGCGAAAAAGGAAUUCCUGGAUGCAGUUUCCCUGGAUGACGAAACUCAAAAGGAGCUUCUUGAGAAAUUCAGCAGUCGACCACCACCUAAAGUUUUCACAGACUCGGAUGGUGACAAGAGCAAGGACGACACAAAGGGUCCGGUGACUGCAGGUAUUUUAGAUCAAAAACGAAUGACAAAUACGCUAAUCAUGCUGCGCAAGUUCAAGUGUGCACCGAAGGCGAUCACGCUGGCAGUCGGAAAACUUGACCCUUUGGGUGAACAACUAUCAUUCGAGAAUGUCAAUGCGCUUUGUGCGAACGAAUUCAAAUCUGAGGAGCUUGAAAUGGCGAAGAAUUUCGCUGCUCCAGAGGAAGAAGUUGAAAAGCUGAACCCCGCCGAAAAUUUCGCGUACCACGUUGCGCGAGUACCGCGGUGGACAAUGAAAGUUCGCACGAUGCUGACAAUGAGGACAGCAACUGAAGUUGAAGGGGAAAUCAAGACGUCAUUGGAAACAGUGAUUACCGCUUCGAAGGAAGUCUUACAGUCAAAACGCUUUGAGAAAGUGUUGGCCGCGAUUCUGGCCAUCGGUAAUUUCUUAAACGCUGGAACAGCGAAGGGAUCAGCCCGCGGCUUCAGACUUGAAAUCCUCCCGAAGCUGUCUGAAACGAAGGGACGGGACCGAGGCUUCAAUCUACUUCACUAUAUAACUGACUUGCUUGAAAAGAAGGAUCCUGAUGCGUUGUUGUUUCCGGAGGAUAUGAAGACGGUCGCCAAGGCGAAGCGAAUAUCAAAGGAAGACGUUGGAAGGGAGCUUUCCGCUUUUCAACGAGCCGUUGCCGUGAUGGGCCGUGAGAUUACAGCGAUGGUAAAAGAGCAGGAGAUGGAUGGCGGGGACCCCAAUGUUUCUCUUCCGAGCACACCACCACCGCCAAAAACCUCUCGUCGUUCGUCAAAUCUAUCCGAAUCGAUGUUGUCAGCCCCUGCUCUAUCCCCAAACUCACAACGGGAGAAGGAUCCAGAGACUGUGGCUAACGAGGAGGACGCCGUGGACAGUACGCCUAAGAAGGGCACCUCUCAACGGACGGAGAAUAACGCCCUGGCCGUAGCAAAAGGAAUGUACACAAAGGCUGAGACGGCAGUGGCAGAAUUGCAAACACUACAAGAAGAAAUGCUGCGAAAGUUUUCCAAUUUGGCGGUGCAUCUUGGAGAUGAACCCAAGUCAGCAAAAACAGAGGACUUCUUCGGGACGUUGUUCAACUUUAUCAAUUCUUUCGAACAGAGUGUCAAAGAUAACAGAGAACGGAUAGAAGAGACCGCCCGGAAAGAACGUAUCGCAACACGUCACGCUGAAGAUAGCGAAAGACGACGCUUACGGUCAGCCGAAAAGGCAAAGCAAGCUCACACGGAGUCCCCAGAUUUGAGCCCCGUGGCCGUCUCACUUGAAAAUAAGGGAGGCAUGGAAAUGGCUCUAUCGCGGAAUUCUUCCUCACCAACUGCUAACUCAAGCGAACCUAACCAAGCAAUCACGCCCCCACAAUAAAUAUAAAUCUCCUUUUCGAAGAGAAGAGUAUCAUUUGCGUGAGAAAUACUAGGGCUCAGCGCUCGGUAAUAUUCGUGUUUCAAGCUGUCGUCGAAUUCUCAGAGAUCUUUCGAAUAGGUCUGCAUCAAGCCCAGUCAUGUCUCGACAAAGCCUAGCUUUGAGUAUGAACUAAGAAAAGAGGGUAGACAUUCACGUUAGUAGACACAGAUGAGCGCGAUGCCGGUUGACAGCAAGACGCGGUUCAAAUGACAAACCUUGCCGUUGUCUUUUUCUAGUUCCCCAAGAAACUGAAGCAGCUUCCCCGGACGCAACUGUCCAAAUUCUCCUAGCAUAGAUGCGUCGAUGCGCAAUUCUGCUCCAUGAUAUUCCACUGUUAGUCUGCUUCUGAGGGCAUCCAAACCUUUCACCCUGUAUGCAAUAAGAGCGGUAUUCGCAUGAAUCAGUGAAAACGGGUCGUAAAGUUUCGUUUCAAAAAUUAGAAUCUGGAGUCAAACGGCUGCAAACAUCUGACUCAACAGGGCACGGACUGCUUAUUACCUUCCCAGAAUACGCACAGCAUCGCCGUGAAUAUCGUCUGGGGCCCAGGACCCGAGCUCAGAGAUGUGCAUUAUCCUGCCGCUCUUGAUAGGCGGCAUGUCUCUGGCGGCGGCCAUUUUGAUGCUAGGCGAGACUUAUGUCAUUCAAUGCGUUUCGUACUGCUGUAGCUCAAGGUGGUUCCCGUUUACAAGUCUGUGGGAAGUUUUGACGCUUUUCUUGGCAACCAGUGCGUGUGUAUCGCAAGAUCAUGAUCUACGACAUCUGUGAGAUACCCAGAGGCAGGGCGGGACCAGUACUUGGACACGUGAGUUUUUUGUUGCCCUUUUCCUCAAAAAUUUCGCUUGAUCUUUUCCGUAUCAUACCCUGUUGACAUCCACGUAACAGAGUCUUCUGAAGCAUGCUGCACGCGUAGUACGGGGGAAGGUACAGGCUGGUGCUUAUUGAACACUGCUUAAGGUGCCCCGGAAAUUAUUUGUCCCUGACCUCACCCCUCCGUCUCUCCAAGCAUUUGGGCAUCUGCCGAUUUACUCGGAAACCGGAAGGCCAUCAAGCGCAACUCUAGAUUGGAAUUGCGUGUAGCCGCUGUUGCGUCUUAGUAUUGACACCACCCACUUUUCGAUUGAAACAGGAAGCACUACCUGUACUCUUCGCGAAUCGGUAGCCUCUCAACUCGAUCCAAGCAAUCUCAAUCGACUGUCUCAGCAGUGCAAGUUGUGAUGGAGCGCUUCACCAAAAUUGGAACAGAGUAUAAUGCCCAUGAGAAUGGUGUAUGGGGAUUAGCGGCAUGGAACUCCGGCGAUCGGGAUGCAAUCGGAGAUUUUGUAACAGGCGGAUGCGAUGGCAAACUAAAGGCAUGGCGCUUCAAGACGAAAACAGAGCUUACCAACGACGCGGAAAGUGACACAGAAGAUGCGAAGAACUCCGGGCCCUUCAAACAGCUUGCGACCUUUUCAGGGCAUGCUCUCCCAGUGGUAAAACUAGCCCUCGCGGAUGACGGAGCGACGGCAGCUUCGACAUCACUGGAUGGCACGGUGAAGAUAUGGAAUCUUUCAAUGCACGAUAUCGACCCGAAGACAAUCCAGCGAACGGGAAUGGCCGAGGUAUGGGACGUUGCUAUCUCGCGGGAUGGCAAAGUUGUCAUUACUGGCGGCGCUAACGGGGCCGUACAAGUCAUUGACACUUCGAUUGGGCAGGUAGACGAGACAUUUUCAAUCGGAAAACAGCAGGAGUCGAAGGAUUCAUUGCGGAGAGAGAAUCCGAUGGUCAUGUCUGUGGCGCUCAGCGAAGACGAAAAGCUGAUCGCAGCAGGAGGGCAUGAUGGAUCCGUGACAAUCUUGGACGUGGAAACGGGAAAUAUCGUGAAGGGGGAUAUGGCCAAACACGGGGGGCCAGUGCGAUCGAUAUCAUUUUUGAAGAAUAACUCGCGGCUCUUGCUCACGGCUUCGGAUGACCAGUUGCUGAACAUCUAUGACUUAGACUCUGGGCAUGUCGCAAAGACAUGUCGGGGGCAUGAAGGGUUGGUCCUGAGUGCGGCCGGGUCAGAUGAUUCGGAGUUUAUUGUGAGCGGGGGGAGUGAUAGGACUGUUAAUAUUUGGGAUCGGCGGAUGGGGGAAACUUUGUAUAGCUGCAAGGGACACCGAGAUUCGGUUUGGGGAACGACGUUUGCAAUGAAGGGGAUGAAGACAGUAGCGGUUUCUGAUGAUGGGUCUAUUAGCGCUAUAGAUUGCGGCAACGCAGAAAAAACGUCUGCAUAGCGGCAAGGUUUGAUCAAAGCGAAAUUCAGAGGCACGGAGGGAAGUUCGGUGAGGCGCUAGCACCGAACGCGGACUUCAGCAUAACGAAGCUGGGAAGGUAAUGUGUAAUAAGAUAUCGGGAUGUGUCGACUAGACGAUUCAACUUUAGUGUACAACCCCGUGGAGAAGGUGGCAAAGGGCAAGGUGAGGAGAUGGGCUUAUGGAACUAGCAUGCUAAUAAAUGAGGAACUGGUAUGACGCCUCGGGCGUAGAAGAAA